CAUCUCUGGGCUGGAAUGGUUCGCUCCGCAGUCGGCCCCGGCAGGGCGGGGCUGCGGGCGGAAGGUUCCAUGAGGAGCGGGGCGGGGGCGGUGCCGCGGGAGGGGGCGCUUCGGGCGCCGUCCCGGGCUGAUCCCGCCUUACCCUGCGCGGGGGUCGCGAUGGCUCCCCCCAGGAAAGGCGACCUGAGCGCGGAGGAGAAGGACUUGCUGGCAGUGAUCGCCACAGGAAACACUGAGGAGGCUGGAAGGCUACUGGGGAGCAAGAAUGUCCGUGUCAAUUGCCUAGAUGAGCAUGGCAUGACCCCUCUGAUGCAUGCAGCCUACAAAGGGAAGGUGGACAUGUGCAGGUUGCUGUUGAGACACGGAGCUGAUGUCAACUGCAAUGAACAUGAGCAUGGAUACACCGCCUUGAUGUUUGCUGGACUUUCAGGAAACAAAGAAAUCACCUGGAUGAUGUUAGAGGCUGGAGCAGAAACUGAUGUUGUCAACUCUGUGGGAAGGACAGCUGCUCAGAUGGCUGCUUUUGUGGGUCAACAUGAUUGUGUGACUGUCAUCAACAACUUCUUUCCACGUGAAAGGCUGGACUACUAUACUAAACCACAAGGCUUAGACAAAGAACCAAAACUGCCAGUAAAAUUAGCUGGGCCUCUGCAUAAAAUUAUUACUACUACCAACAUGCAUCCUGUUAAGAUCGUGUUGCUGGUGAAAGAGAACCCUCUGUUGGCCGAAGUAGAAGCACUGCAGAAAUGUUACAGGGUUCUGGAUCUCAUUUGUGAGAAAUGCAUGAAGCAGAAAGACAUGAAUGAAGUUCUUGCUAUGAAAAUGCACUAUAUCAGUUGCAUCUUCCAGAAAUGUAUUACAUUUUUAAAAGAGCGAGAGGAUAAACUAGAUGGGUUUAUCAAAAGCCUCUUGAAAGGGAGAGAUAAAGAUGGUUUCCCUGUGUAUCAAGAGAAGCUAAUUCGAGAAAGUAUCCGGAAGUUUCCUUACUGCGAAGCCACGUUGCUCCAGCAGCUUGUGAGAAGUAUUGCUCCUGUUGAAAUAGGCUCUGACCCCACAGCUUUUUCUGUGCUUACACAAGCGAUUACUGGCCAAGUGGGUUUUGUGGAUGCUGAAUUCUGUACAACUUGUGGGGGAAAGGGAGCAGACAAAAGAUGCUCAGUAUGUAAAAUGGUGAUGUAUUGUGACCAGAACUGCCAGAAAAUACACUGGUUUACCCACAAAAAGGUCUGCAAGAUCCUGAAGGAAAUUCAUGAGAAACAAGAACUAGAAGCUGCCAAAGAGAAAAGGAAACAAGAAAAGAAGCAAAAGAAAGAUGAAAUGCAACUAGUAGAGGGUAGUUCUACAAGUGAACAACAGUCAGAUCCUGGUCCAGAUCCUACAAAAAAUGUGGAUGCAAAUCAUCCUGCUGAUGGAACAGAAGAACCUGAAUUUACCAAAGAGAUGGAGGCACUAGCCCUGCAACCUGAAAGUCCACUGGAGAGUGAAACUGCCUUAGAUGACAUUGAUCUUCAAAAAAUUCAAGAUUCUGAGGAGUAAGAAGAGGGUAGGAAGGGACUGAGAGUUCUCAAGGGUACUAAAGAAUUUUUUAUGCUGACCAUGUCUGAGUUCUUGGAGCAUGGCUUAUGCAAGACUUCUUUUAAAAGACAUAAUGUCUCUGUUCAUCAAGAGAUAGAAUACUGACUACUUUGUCUAGAAAUACUCCAGAUUUUAUUGUAAAUUGUCAAGUUAGGUAUUUAUUAUCUGCUAAAAAUUAGUGGCAUAGAUCCAUCUGUAUGUAUACCAACAAUAAGCCUAGUGAAACUGAGUUUCUGUGGUUAAUGAGCCACAUAGUGAAAAAUGAACAGCAUUUGAUUUGGAUUAUUCAUGUUUUCCAAACGUAAAAGUUACUUUAAUUGUAAUUUAAUUUUUUUUUCUGCAAGUACAUAGACCUGUUAUUAAAAGCACUGGAAGGCCAACUAUUAAAUUGCUUUUUUCUUCAGCACUUUAUGAAGCUUUAUCUGAAGGAAUUCAGUAGCAAUUAAGUUUCUGAAGAUACUCAUUUGAACUCUCAGUUUUUCAUGACAUUACUGUAAAUAUUUUUGACUAGUGAGAGCACAAAAAUAAUGUCUGUUUUGUGGCAACUGUAGUAAAUGAAACUGCUGUUUCAGGUGUCUCAAGCUGAUGGUGAAAUGUGGUUUUCACUAUUGGUUUGGUCAGAAAUAUUCCAAAGUCUAAUGAAGGGAAGACCAGAAUGACUCAAAAUAUUUUGACUGACAAGAAUAAUGCAUUCUAAAUUUUUCAGGUAAAGAUGCCUUAGAGCACAGCGGGAUGUUGCUUGUGAAUUAUUUCAUAAAUAAAAAAUGGUUAGGAUUUUU